UGAUCGCAAGCGAGUCCAAGUUCCUGUGUCAUUUUUAUUCUUUUUUUAUUUUUUAGUUUUUUGCCUAUGUAUUUAUUUAUUUUUUUUUCAUGUUGAUGUCACUGUGUUGAGCGGCUCAGACAGAGAAGCAGCUGUUGUCAUUUCAGGUUGAGUCUUGGCAACGGCGUAGAUUGAGCGAAAGGAAAAGAUUUUGACUUGCUGUGGCAAGAUUUCAAUGGACAAAAUGAGCAGCCUGGUGGCCAAAUUACAUCACCUCUGGAUUACUUCCAUUUUGAAACAAUCUCGGAUGACAACUAUGCAAUCCAAGGUCCAUCUCUCGACAAUCCCUCCUGAGCCGGUCAUCCCCUCUAAGAAACCUUUCAAAGUGGAUCUUGUUGGUGGAAAGCGUUAUUCGUGGUGCACCUGUGGGCACAGCAAAAAACAGCCUUUCUGUGAUGGAGCACACAAGACCAAAGCCCAGGGCCUGUCCCCAUUACGCUUCGUCCCAGAGAAAGAUGCUACAGUUUGGUUGUGUGGCUGCAAAUACACAAACAACCCACCAUACUGUGAUGGCACGCACAAGCAGGACUUCAUCACAUCUGCCCCGCUGCAUGAGCAGAACUGACAGUUAAAACGUGUCUCGCUUCGAAAAGGGCGAAGUAUCUAACUUCACUGGAGCUUUAGAACAAAUAUGGCCUGUGGUUGUAUAGGCAGAACAUAUUGUACCCACUAGUGUUUCAACUGUUUGAAUCCCGUAAGUUGACACGCCUCUACAAAAUUUGUGUUAUUGAGUGUGAUAGAACAGUUAACUAAAUAAGUGGUUUCCUAUUGGAAGCUUAUCACUGUUCUUUCGAUAAAUCAUGUAUAAUAAAUGUCUUUAAAAAAACUGCCAGCAUUGAACUUUAUUUCACAGUAUGCUUCACAACCUCCUGAUGUUCUCAGGAAAUGAUUAAUUGGGACACUUUGUUCAAAAAACCUAGAAAGUAAACAUUUUAUUGACCUAAAGCAUGCACAUGGCUGAUUUUAUUUUUUUUAAAGCAUUGUUGUUGUUUUUUUUGUUGGAACGGAAACGAGGAAUGCUGUAUUUUAUGAAACACCAUACAUGGCCGUGUAUUCAAAUCCCUUUUGAGUUCUUACAGACAUUUACGACAAAAGUACAGUUGUCUGACACACACACACACACACAGGCGAGUGCUUAGAAAAGUGUGAAAGCGUCUCAUGGUGGCAAAUACUUGUUGGUUUUUUAA